AUGCCUGGUCUGGAAAUCCCAGGUGAAUUCUUGCGUCAUGCUAUCCUCGAUACAGUCGUGCCCCAUGCCCCGGCACUUGACAUUGAGGGCGCCCUAAGUUCAGCCCUGGAAGACGGAGCUGAUGAUCUCCCCUCAGUCCUCUCAUCAAUCCCUCAACGGUCUCUAUUGUUCUUUGAGACGACCCUGAAACACUACUUGCCACGACUUGAACUCAAGCUCGAUGUCUUUGCCGUGGAUCCAGCGGAAUCAGUUGGCGAGAAUACAACGCCAACUCGAGAUAUAAUAUUCUCGGGUGUUGUCAGCGGAGAGGAGGAUCCCCUGGUGGUCUUUAAUGAAUUCGAGGGCGAUGAAGGUAGCGGGAACCAUGUCUAUUUGGUUUGGAACAUUGAAACUAUACUGAGGCGUCCCCGUAUUCGAAUCCAACAUCCGUCACUCUUAUUCAUUGCCUCGGCCAGUCUGAAUCCCGCUGAUGGUCGCCGUCAAGAGGAUUCAGAGGAUGACUAUCUCCCCUCGCUCGUCCCAGCAUCGACAAAUAUGCUGCAAUCUCUAUCUAUCGACAAAUCUUUCAAUCAUAAAGAGCCCUUCCUCCCUGCUUCCAGACUGUUGAGGGUUGUACCGACGACGUAUAACGAGGACCCAAUUUACAAUAUCCAGCAACAACAUGGCCAUCCCUUCCGCGUUGUGCCCGCUGCAAGUGCAAGGAUUCGAUACUCCCGGCUGAGCUCCUACACUGGUAUACCAAUGACCGUGGCCAGUCUUGACUUUGAGGUCACCCCUUAUCUGACUUGCGAGGUCUCCUUUGACAAAGCGAAUCUUCAGCUGUCCGAGGGAACGAUCGAGUCGCUGUCAGACACACCGGGCCUUACUCUCCCUAUUUCUUGCCGUCCGCGAGAUGAUGUGACCCUCAUGUAUAAACUCACGCCGGAAUAUGGCCCAGAGACCAAUCCAUCAUCUACCGCGUUGGUGAGCACACUAGACAUAGCUCUCGAGGCAAUAAUCCUUGUGGAUGAUGACUGCAAACCACGUAUCUCGAUGCAGUGGAGAACUAACGUCGACUUUUCAGUCGCCUUAAAUCCGACUUAUGGGGGGCCCAGUCCAGCUCUGCAAAGGACCAACCGCCCUACCAGUCUAUCAGUGUCAACUCAAGUGGGCGUGACCCCUUCUCAUCGAAGUUCAUUACGAGAACGAGCAUAUUCGGUCACUGACGUGGGUAUCACAAUCUCCUUCUCUGGACCUGUUCGUGUGCAGGUGGGCUCCGUCUUCACUUGGCACGUUUUUAUUGUCAAUCGAUCAAAUGUUCCUCGGAAAUUUGCCUUGAUUGCCAUCCCCAAGCGGAAACGCGUGGACCCACGAGGACACGUUGCUCGGCCUUCAUCGUCAUCUAUCGCCAGCCGGAAGGAGGACCAGGUGGCCGAAGCAGUAACUGACGAUAAUAUCGUACAUGCGAGGCAGAAGAGUGUUGCUGGCCAGGAAGUGGAGCUGAUCAGCUUGAGCACGGAUAUUCGUGUGGGCCCUCUCCUUCCAGGAACUUGCCACUCGACCGAACUAAAGCUUCUUCCUCUGGCUACAGGCCCACUUCAUUUGGAGGCUGUUCGGCUUGUUGAUGUGAACACGAACGAAACGACUGAUAUCCGAGAUCUUCCGGACAUUUUGGCGGAUGAUCAGCCUCGCUCUAGUUAA